GGCUACUACCUUCACUUGUCUUCCAGAUUUCUGCGGCGUUUUUCGUUGGUCUGUUCGGCAUGUCUGGUCGUGGCAAAGGCGGAAAGGGGCUGGGUAAAGGAGGCGCAAAGCGUCACCGUAAAGUCCUGCGAGAUAAUAUCCAGGGCAUUACCAAGCCUGCUAUCCGGCGCCUUGCUCGUCGCGGCGGUGUCAAGCGCAUUUCUGGUCUCAUCUAUGAGGAGACUCGCGGUGUUCUGAAGGUGUUUCUGGAAAACGUGAUUCGUGAUGCUGUCACUUACACGGAGCAUGCCAAACGCAAGACUGUGACAGCGAUGGAUGUGGUCUACGCUCUCAAGCGACAGGGACGUAGAUCACCUGAGGUCAGGAGUUCAAGACCAGCUAUGGCGCGUACAAAGCAGACGGCUCGUAAGUCCACAGGCGGUAAAGCGCCGCGCAAGCAGCUGGCCACUAAGGCAGCUCGCAAGAGCGCUCCGGCCACGGGCGGCGUGAAGAAGCCCCAUCGCUACCGCCCUGGUACCGUGGCUCUGCGCGAGAUCCGUCGCUACCAGAAGUCCACAGAGCUUCUAAUCCGGAAGCUGCCGUUUCAGCGCCUGGUGCGAGAAAUCGCUCAGGACUUCAAGACCGACCUGCGCUUCCAGAGUUCCGCGGUGAUGGCGCUGCAGGAGGCCUGCGAGGCCUACUUGGUGGGGCUUUUCGAGGACACCAACCUGUGUGCUAUCCAUAUCAUGUCUGGUAGAGGCAAAGGUGGUAAAGGUUUAGGGAAGGGAGGCGCCAAGCGCCAUCGCAAAGUGCUGCGUGAUAACAUCCAGGGCAUCACCAAGCCUGCCAUCCGUCGCUUGGCCCGACGCGGCGGCGUGAAACGCAUCUCGGGCCUCAUUUAUGAGGAAACCCGCGGUGUUCUUAAGGUGUUUCUAGAGAAUGUGAUCCGGGACGCUGUAACCUACACGGAGCACGCGAAGCGUAAGACAGUCACUGCCAUGGAUGUGGUCUACGCGCUCAAGCGCCAGGGUCGCACUCUGUACGGCUUUGGUGGCUGAGCCUCACCCCGGAUUUUUAUUUAGUAGCUCAUCCAUAAAGCCCUUUUC